CUUGACUUGUGUGUCACACGUAAAUAGGAAUUUAACUCGAUUUUUAUUACAUUAGCCUGGCUCCGUGAUAGUUAUUUUCCGAUUCCUUCCUUCAGUCGUUGGUGAAUCGCAGACAUGGCGGACGAGGAAGCCGGGAAGGAGGGCGAGAAGAAAAUCGUGCACGUUUACCCGCUGGUGAAGCACUCGGACAUGACCGAAGAGAUGAGGAUUGAGGCCAUUGAACUGUCCAUCACCGCCUGCGAGAAAUACUCAUCAAACUAUGAGCACGCUGCCAAAAUCAUCAAGGAAAACAUGGACAAGAAGUUCGGCAUCUAUUGGCAUGUGGUUGUGGGCGAGGGAUUCGGCUUUGAGGUAUCCUACGAAACGGAGAACAUUCUCUACCUGUUCUUUGCUGGCAACCUGGCCAUAGUGCUGUGGAAAUGCUCCUGAAUGCGGGUCAGCAAUCAAUCGAACGUAAACGUACCUAGAAACCGGAACAGAAACCAAAACCGAACCAAACAAAAAAUUUAGCAUUAAUAUUAGUCAUACAUACAGAACACUUACCGUUAA